AUGGCAUCGUCGUCUGUCCCAGCCAACCCGACGUCACACAACGUGGCGUCGCUGCUGCCGAAGCUCAACGAUGCCGACAGCGAUAUCCGCUUCAUGUCGCUGAAUGACUUGGCUCAGAUGCUGCAUAAUGGCCAUGCCACCUUCAUCCAGCACGACUACAACACCUGCGCCAAGGUCGUCGAAGGCCUCCUCCACACCCUCAACGAUACCAACGGCGAUGUGCAGACCAACGCCAUCAAGUGCCUGGGACCCUUCGUCAACAAGGCACCAGAGAGCAUCCUCUGCCCGACUAUUGAGAAGGUCAGCAGUAUCAAGACCGACAACAGCAUUGACAACUCAAUUGCUGCUCUGGCCGUGAGAGCCAUCGUUGUUGCUCUGCCACAUCCAGUACCAGGUCUGGCACGAUCGCAGAAGGUGGAUGACGCCUACAAUGCUAUUAGCAAGGCCUUGAUUCCCCGACUCGUCGGCCGCGUGGUCAUUCCUCUUACGAGGCCAGGUCCGCCGCCCCCCAAGGGUAUGCUGCAGGUUGAUCUCGAGACGGGCAAUGACUCCGAGACCCUUGAUCUGCUCACCGAUGUGGCUCGCUGCUUCGGUCCCAUUCUGCAAGACGCGGAGAUCGAAGCGCUACAACAAAUCACCAUGCAGAUCCUCGAAAGCGAGCGAUGUGGCACAGUCAUGAAGAAGAAGGCUGUCGCAGCUCUCGCAGCUCUGGCACCUUACUUCAACGAUGGCCUUCUCGCUAACCACGUUUCAUACUCCAUUCAGCAGCUGAGACAACCGCAUCUCACAAAUCAGCAGCGAAAGCUACUCAUCACAGUCUAUGGAAGCUUGGCCCGUAGCAUACCGCACAAGUUCGGCCCAUACCUGAAGACACUUGCACCAUUUGUCUUGGCACCUCUAAGUCAGCAAGAGCUAGAUCAGCAGAGAGAAGCAGAGGCCGAAGCUGAUGGGGAGCGCGACGUACAGAUGGAGGAUGUGCGUGAAGCUGCACUCAUUGCGAUCGAGAACUUCCUCGAAUCGUGCGCCGCCGACAUGCGUUCAUACACGAAGGAUGUCAUCGAGGCAUCUACGCGGUUCUUGAAAUACGAGCCUAACGUGGCAGAUGACGACGAUGAAGAUAUGGAGGAGGAGGAAGAGGAAGAGGACGAGUUUGCGGUUGAGGAAGAUUUUGAGGAAGAGGCGGGAUUCGAAGAUGAGGACGACGUCAGCUGGAAGGUGCGGCGAUGCUCUGCAAAAGUGCUGCGUGCGCUCAUCAACGUGCUUGACGCAAACGACGCAGCCAUGUACGGACAGAUUGCUCCUGCCCUGAUCAAUCGCUUCAAGGAGCGGGAAGAGAGCGUGCGAACUGAAAUCAUUGCAACACUUGCAUUCUUGAUCGUCAAGACUGGAUCAAGCACCAAGGUUCAGAAGACCGACAACGCUAUGGUGCCACCAAGUCGAAAGCGCAGACGUGGGUUUAGCGAAUCUUUGGGUUCUGACCUUGAGGCUCAACAAGCACUGAUGAAUGGAUAUGCCUCGCCGUCGACUCCACCGCCAUCGAACAGCGCCACGAACGGCCUGACUAAGGUCAACCCAGAGAUCGUCAAAGGCGCUUCCAAGCUGCUGAAAUCCAGUACGAUUCCGACGAAGCAAGCAGUCAUUUCCUUACUGAAGGACAUGGUGCUGUCCCAGCAGGGAGGUCUGUCCGACAGCGCAGAUCUGGUGUUCGAUCCCGUGAUCGAGACAAUGAGCACCGGUGCCGGAUCGGUGUCAAAUGUGGCUGGUAAUGCUUUGAGGAUAGAAGCCCUCGCUCUCCUGCGCGCUAUAGCAGAGUCGCACUCGAGUAAGGUCAUUCAGCCUCAUCUUGCCAAGGUUGUACCGGCAAUUGUCAAGACCGCAAAAGACCGGUAUGCUAAGGUUUCGGGCGAGGCUUUGUCCACCAUCGAGGUCUACGUCAAGGCUCUCACACCACCGCGCUCUACCGGCGCCAAGACUGGUGAUGUGCUUAAGCAGCUCUACACCACCAUCACCGACCGUAUCUCUGCUUCAGAGACUGAUACGGAAGUUCGUCAAAAGGCUGUCCAGGCUUUGGGGCUUCUGAUUGGCCGGACCAGUGGUUCGGCUGCCAAGGGACUCCUUUCGCCGCAAGACCGCUACGCUGGUCAACAACUUCUUGCUGACCGCAUGAAGAAUGAGCUUACACGCCUAGCUUGUGUUCGAGCCGUCGAUAUCAUCGCAGUCUUGGCGCAAAGCGGAGAUGACUUCAAGCCUGGUUGGGUCAAUGAGGUCGCUCUCGAACUCGGCGCUCAGCUUCGGAAGUCCAGCCGAUCGCUUCGUGGUGCCAGCUUGAGUGCUCUCCGUAUGCUCGCUGUCAACCAGGUUUCUCGCGAUGCCCUGGAUGCAAACACUAUCUCGCAGCUUGUUGCGCUCCUCGUGCCUCUGCUCAAGUCCGAUGACCUGCACAUGAUUGGUCCUGCCCUCAUCGUGCUUGCUGCUCUUGCAAAGGAUCAACCAACUGUUGCGGCCGACCUCCAAGUCAUUGAAGGAAUCUGCACUGUGGUCCGCUCAUCACUUUCUGGAGCUGCACUUGAGGCUCUCCUAACCUGCGUUGAAGCCAUCGGCCAAGCUGGUGCCGGUCAGGAGCUCAUGUCGGCUUUGCUGUCCAUAUCACCUGUUGGCGAUACAGAUGUCACUGGUCAAGUCAUUGGGACACUUCUUGUCUCUGGCGGUACCAAGAUUGGAGUUGGUCUUGAGGCUUUUGUCAAGGAGGCAGAAAGUUCGUCCGACGAGUCGAAGCGUUGCCUUGCCCUGUCAGUACUUGGUGAGGCCGGCCUCCGCACUGGUGCAACCUUCCAGCUCAAAGCAGAAGACAUUGUACGAUACUUCUCCGACUCAUCAGAGAAGGUUAAGCUGUCUGCUGCUGUGGCAUUGGGGCGUGCUGGCGCCGGCAAUGUCAAGGAUUAUCUAUCCAAGAUCCUAACUUGGAUGGCUCAAGGUCAGCAGUAUUUGCUACUGCAUUCAGUCAAGGAACUACUUCAGCACAGCACCGCCGAAGACGAGAUACGACCCUAUACUAAACAGCUGUGGGAGAACGUUAUUGCAUCUGGCCAGGCUGAGGACAACAAGGUCGUUGGCGCGGAAUGUAUUGGACGUCUCGCUAUCAUCGAUCCGGCGGCUUACCUUCCACAGCUGCAGACCUUCCUCCAGAAUCCAAACGCAACAAUCCGCGGUAUGGUCAUCUCAGCUCUUCGACACGUCUUCUCCGACACGGACGAUUCUUACAACACGCAUCUGCAAGCAGUCAUCAUUCCAUUGCUUUCCACUAUGCUUACCGAUACCGAUCUCGACAACCAGCGUCUGUCACUGACCACUUUCAAUGGCGCACUGUACAACAAGCCAGAUCUUGUCCUUCCACACCUUGGCGAGCUGCUGCCAUUCGCCAUGCAGGCAACCGUCAUUCGGCCUGAGCUUAUCAGAGAGGUUUCUAUGGGUCCAUUCAAGCACAAGAUCGAUGACGGCCUGGAGAUCCGGAAGUCGGCGUAUGAGACUCUCUACGCGUUGCUUGACUCGCCAGCCAGUCGUCAACGCCUUGACAUUCCAGCUUACUAUGAUCGCAUCGUAGCCGGUAUCGCCGAUGAGCAUGAGAUCAAGAUCCUGUGCGCGCUUGUGCUUAUCAAACUCAUUCCAAUCGCUCAGUUUGAGACUGCUCGUCGCCUGGAACAGCUUAUCCAACAAUUCCGCACCGUCUUGGGAUUCAAGCCCAAAGACAAUGCCGUGAAGCAAGAACUCGAGAAGAUCGCGGAGCAGCAGAAGGCUGUGGUCAAGAAGGACUUUAAUACCUUCUUGAGGAUUGCCGAGGACGAGCUUCGCGGAACAGCAGGCUAG